UCCACAUCGUUCCAUCCUUAUCCUAUCUCCCAACCAACUCCAAGCUUCAUCCCGUUGUGAUCUUCUCCUCUCCCGUUCGGAUCAAGCAACCAAUAUCCCCCUGUUUCACAUCCCGUUUGUAAUCCCACUUAUCCCAAAACCAUGUCAUCUAUUUCCCAUAUUAUCCCAAGCUUCAUUUGGAUUAUUUCCCAGUCGAGAUCCUCUCAGUUCACGCUCGCAUUUCAUCUCCCAAGUCAUUCAAAGCCAACUUCAUAUCAUCCUUUCCCAAUCCGUGAAAGCAUCCCAGCACCCCACGUAUCUCCUCCAUCCUCCCACGGAUAAACCCAGCAUCCGCAUCAUCUUCCUAGAUCUUAUCCCAUUCAGAACGGAAUUCCAUCACCCGUGGAUCAAGCUAGUGAACCUUCCCAGAUUUCCCUCGCGCCCAUGUUCACCUUCCACGUCCACGAACCAAGCCAACAGCCGCUUGUAUUCAGCCUCAUCCACGUAUUCACCCCAGAUCCUAGCUCCGAACCAGUCAGUGUUCCGGAUUGAGCUUAUCCACAACCGCAAAUCAAAGAUUCAUCCUCUCCCCUGUUUCGGAAUAGAGCCUUAGAGUGCCAGCCUAUCCACCCAACCAUGAUGAAUCCAACGAGUCCCAACUUCUUCCCAUCAUUUUAGACUGAUUCCAUAGAUUAUCUCCUGACUCUCCUCUUCUCUCGGAUUGACCCAACCAACCGUGGGUGAUCUCCUGCGUCCAACGAACAGGGCCCUGUUAAGAAACAAAGCCAAAUCCUUUGCAUAAUCCACGGGAUCCCAUCCUCUUCUAGCUUGAUUCCAUGUAAUCUCCCAACGUCCAAGCUUCAUCUCAGCUCCACGGACUGUGAUCCCAGCCACGAACGAAGUUCUAGCUCCCAACAACCUCACGCGUCUUCUCCAUAAGUCAUCCUCAUCUCCUCUCAGCCGUGAGCGUCCACAUGAUCCUUUGCAUCCUUAUCCUUGAUUCAAAAGAGGGGAGGAGAGAGACGUGGGCAGGCUAUAAAAAGGGAGUCGAUUCAUUCCUCCUUCCCCACCGAGGGGCAUUCCCUCACUACAGUAAAAGGGGGAAAUGCCGACGCUUAAAUGCCGACGCUAUUGAAAAGCGUCGGUAAAUUCUUCUCCCGCGCUAAAUUUUACCGACGCUUUUAGUGAGCGUGGGAAAAUUGAGGGAUUAGACGACGCUUAAAAGCGUCGUCGUAGACCGAAGCCAAACGACGCGUGGUAAAUUCAAACGGUAAAACGACGCUUAUAAGCGUCGCCGAAGGCACCUUAAGACCCACCGUCCCGCAGACUUGCCCUAGCUACUCCCGAGCCCCCUCUUUCUCCUCCUCUCCGGCGCUGAAGCCACCGAACCCAGCGGCCUUCGUCUUCCUCCUCUCGGCGUUGCCUUAGCCCCCAUCUUCCUCCUCUCCGGUGCGGAUCGUCCGACUCCUAGCUCCUCCUCCUCCCUCCUCUCCGGCGUCGACCGACCGACCCCAACCCGCUCCGCCCGCCCGAGCUGGCAGCAGCAUGUAAGAAACCACCAGUCUUUUGUGUAAUUACUGAAUAUCUUUCUGGAGGAUCCCUCAGGGCAUUUUUACACAAGCUUGAACACAAAUCCCUUCCUCUACAGAAACUUAUUGCAAUUGCCCUUGAUAUUGCUCGAGGAAUGGAAUAUAUUGUGAUGUGUUAGCUGAGGACCCUGGAACAUUUCGUUGGAUGGCACCUGAGAUGAUCAAACACAAGCAUUAUGUACCGAAGGUAGAUGUUUACAGCUUUGGACUAGUAUUAUGGGAGAUGUUAACAGGAAGAAUCCCAUAUGAGGAUAUGACACCCAUCCAGGCUGCUUUUGCCGUGGUCGAUAAGGUUGCUGGAUCUGAUAUCGACAGUUCGAUCAUCGACUGCUGCUAUGAUCGUGCGGUUGAGCUUUUCAGGGAUGAAGAUGAGCUGGUGAGGUCCGCUGCUGUUCGGUUGGUCAGUAAGUGCGGCCAGAUGUUUGCAGCGAGCAAAGAGAGAACAGCAAACACUGAGAGAAUGGAUGUGAUCUUUGUUCAGCCGAGUUAUUGUUUGCAUGUAUUCAAUGGGCACAACUCCCAGGUGCUCGUUGGGAGUUUCUUACCAAACACUUUUAAGGAGCAUAAAAGGAAGGCUAUCCAGGAACCGACCUACUCACCAAUUCCAACAUCUACUGGAGUAUUGACAACAGCAAGGCCCCUUUCUCAGGCAAAUCCUGAUGAUGAAUGUGAAGCCGGUCACUUGACAGCUAGGAGUGAUGUCUACAGCUUCGGGGUUGUCCUUCUUGAGCUCUUAAUAGGACGCCGGUCUGUGGACAAGACUCGCCCGAGCAAGCAGCAGAGCUUGGUUGACUGGGCUCGCCCCAAGCUUAAUGACAAUAUUGUAGAGAUGAUGAUGCCGAAGCUUGAUACAUAUUGUAGAUUGUGUACUUAGGAAUUUGACUUGUAUGUUUUU